CGAUCGACAACGUGAGGCGGCACUCACACGAGCAUUUUUCAGUGCACCGUCGGCGUGUUAGUUUUUUUUUUCUUUUAUUAUUCUUUUCUUCUUGUUUCCCAACCCCAAAAACUGUCUCAAAACUGUAUCCAUAGAUCAGUGUCCUCAUCAUGAACAAGCUCUACAUCGGCAAUCUACCGGCGGACGUGAACGAAGGAUCUAUCCGAGAACUGUUUCACGAGCAAACCGGCGCCGUUCCCAAAUCUGUGCUCCUGAAGAAGGGGGGCUAUGCUUUCGUCGAGUGUGCUGACGACUUGGUGAUUAGCAAGGCCAUCGAAGCCCUGAACGGACACUCUUUCAUGGGAUCCCAAUUGCUGGUGGAACCACAACAGUCGGCACCGCAGAACAGAAGAGGUCGUGGCAACCGAGUGCAUGUGAGCAACAUUCCCAGCCAUGUGCAGCGGGAAGAGGUCCAUGAUCUUCUUGCUACCUUUGGAACUGUGCAGAACCUAGAACUACUUCCUCCUUCCAAGCCCGAGAGCCAAACCUUUCGAGCACAAGUAACUUACGAAACUCCCGAACAGGCGCAGCAGGCUGUGGCUCAGCUGAGGGACUACGAGUACGAAGGCAGCGUGCUGAGGGCCGAGUACGCCAUGGACAUAAGCAUGCGCAACGGUGGCGGCGGCGGCGGCGGCGGUGGUGGCCGCAACAACAUGCGCAUGGGCGGCAACCGGCCCAUGUUCCGGCCCUUCUCGUACACCGGUGGCCAGGGGUCCCCCAUGAGGCCGUCCGACUUCCCCCUCAGGAUCCUUGUGCUGAGUGACAUGGUUGGUGCCAUCAUCGGCCGGGCCGGAGGCACCAUCCGACAGAUCACCCAACAGUCCAGGGCACGGGUGGACGUUCACCGAAAAGAGAAUGCUGGUUCCCUUGAAAAGGUGAUCACCAUCUAUGGCAACCCUGAGAACUGCUCCACGGCUUGCCAGAAGAUCUUGGAGGUGAUGCAGCAGGAGGCUAGCAACACCAACAGAGGGGAUGUUCCGUUGAAGAUUCUGGCCCACAACAACCUGAUUGGGCGCAUCAUCGGCAAGAGUGGCAACACCAUCAAGCGCAUCAUGGAGCAGACCGACACAAAGAUCACAGUGUCUAGCCUACACGACGGCAGCGCCCUUCACCUGGAGCGGGUAAUCACCAUCAAGGGCAAACCAGAAGGCGUGUGCCGCGCAGAGCAACUGGUGAGCGCUAAGCUGCGCCAGUCGUACGAGAGUGACCUGGCGGCGUUGGCGCCUCAGAGCCUCAUGUUCCCCGGGCUGCACCCGAUGGCCAUGAUGUCUGCCUACGCGCCACCACCGCCUGUGCAUGGUCCCCCUGCGCGGCCGCCCCACUACCGGGGUGGAGGUGGAGGAGGCCCCUACCCGCACCCGCCUACCAUGGGAGGGGGCUACAUGGGGGGCGCCCCGCACGGUCCUAUGGGGGGCUACAUGUCCCCUGGCCACGGGGUGGAGAGGGAGCUGGUCUGCCUGUACAUCCCCAACACGGCUGUGGGGGCCAUCAUCGGCACGGGUGGAAGCAGCAUCCGCGACAUGAUCAUGGUCUCGGGAGCCUCCAUCAAGGUUGCUCAACCAAACAAGGAUGACCCUGCUGAUGCUCACGAGAGAAAGGUCACGAUUGUUGGAACUCCGGAGUGCCAGUGGAGGGCACAAAGCAUGAUCUUCAACAAAGUUUGCUACGAGGGCUGUAUGGGCAAUCCGGAUGGUACCCUGAGGGUGGAGAUUUUCGUGCCUUCCAACCAGGUGGGGCGCAUCAUCGGCAAGGGUGGCCAGACGGUUCGAGAGCUUCAGCGGCUGACACGUGCGCUCAUCAAGCUGCCUGAGGAGAGCCAGAAUGCCAACACCGAGGAGACCCCAGUGCACCUUCUGGGCGACUUCUUCAGCACUCACGCUGCCCAGCGCCAGAUUCGGGCCUUGGUGAACCGCAACCAGAUGGUGGGUGGCCAGGGACCUUACCCCAUGCACCCUCGGAUGGGACCACGUAGAGGUGGCGGCGGAGGUGGUGGCAACAACAGCAAUAGGCAGCCGCAGCAGCAGCCAUCGCCUCCAUCUUCCUCUUCCUCCUCGCAGCCGCCACAGCCGCAGGCUGGCUCGCCCCCGACGAGCAACUGAGGGGGUCGUGUCCAAACGUAUUAGGUGGCCGCCGUACCUCUCCCUCCCUCAGUGUCUUUUUUUUCUUGUGGCCACACUCCUUUGCACCACUGGACCGAGAGUAGUGGGGUGGGUAAAAGGCUGCUUCUUUGUAUUCAGGAGGUUUCUUUCUGCACCAUUUGUUCAGCACUGUUCCGAAGGUUCCCAAGGAUUCCCUGCGGUGCUUGCUUUUGAAGUACUGCUUUAUUAGGGUCAGGUGUGUAGUGUUGAAGGAAAUUUCGAGUUUUGUGCUCGCGCACGAUUGCACUUUCUUUGUUUAGGGCUUAUACAUCAGCAUGAACACCAUUCUUUGAACGUAGGCCUUGGCAGUCUUAUUUUAUUUUUCUACGAAAGAGACCCAUUGCUAGCACUAAUAGCAGCACGCCCUAGUUUGUGCAUAAAGGCCUGAAUAUUAUGAAGCUAGUGUAAUGAAAGCCUUGUGCAUUUGAGUUAGGCAUGGCUUGGGCAGCGAGUGAAACUAGCGUCAGCCGAGCCUGCUGCAUCCAUUUCCGGGUUGGAAAAACGUUUCGGCCGACAACUCUGGUUUGUCAUGUCUUGAAGGGUGACCGAAAACACUUACUCAUUUUGAAGGUGUGCGCAAGCAUUGCACUUUUUUGGGUGUCUGGAUUUAGCUGGCACCGAUUGUCGUUUAGAAGUGAGGCUCAGGCACCACCAAAGAUAAUUGAUUUCAGCAUUGUAUAUAUAUAUAUAAUGUGUGCGCUUGCCUGGGCCUGACUUCCAAGGAAUGUCGGUUAGGGUGAACUAAGGGAGCACAUUUUGUUAUAUGCAGUCAUUUUUUCUUCUUUUUCCCCUUGUGGUUUAUUAGGAGUGUUGGCCACAAGAAAAAAAAAGGAGGGGGGGGGGGGAGUGGUUAGGGAGCAGGGCAGUUGAUGAUGUUGUUGAUCUUGUUCUUCAUCAACAUGUCACAUUUUUUUUCUUCUCUCUCUCUUUAGGAAACAAAUGUUGGAGAAAGUGGGUUUGAGCGACACAAAGUGCAAAUGUAAGAGAGUGCUCCUCCACGGGAGAGAGUAAUGAGGGAGGGAGUGUGUGGAGGAGAGUGCAUUGUGUAUAUAUAUAGAUGUAUACUACGCUAGGGUGUGGGGAGGAAGGGAACCCUCCUUUGUCCUACAUCAAGCGGACACUGGCUUAUCAAGUGACACUGGCUUAUAAAGCGAGUGUCAGCCAAUCGCGAGAGGCCGCAGGAAGCACGGCCUGCCCCAUCAGCUUUUAGGCACUAAGCUGCGGCGACAUCUUGCUGCAGCUGUCUCCCGGGCAACAGUCGGUCAUUUUAGACCAAUAAGAGCGCUUUGUGCAACAGUUCUUGCUGAAGCUUGCAUGCCGUACAGGUCGCAUCGAUUGCAUCUUUCUAGACCACGUAAACGGUGUGCUGCGGUGUGCUAUGUGGCGCAAGACGUGCUGUGAUGCUGCUCGCGCUGGAUUCUGGGCAGCUUUCUGGAAAGCCAGGAGCCCACCACAUUGUCCGGCUGUGCAAGUCUGGUGAGAAAGCUUUAAAGCCAACGUUGCUCGGGAAUGACUUUGUGACAACUUGAACAACACCGCUCGCGUUCUCUAGACGAGUGUGAUAGAAGCUGUACGUCGGUGUGUUUUGCCGGCACUUGUUACGAUGGUUGCGGCCGGUGGAUAAGAGCUGCGCCCUGAAAUUGGGAAGACUUGCUUGGAGGGUGUCCUUCCUCCCCCUCUCAUCUUGGGCGCAGGGGCAAAGGCGACCUCGAGUUUUUUCGGUUGCCGGGGCUGUGAAAAAAAAAGUGCGUUUCUUUUACACAUGCGCAGCUUUGAGAGGCGUAUGUCAAGUGUGUAUGUAAAAAAGAAGAAACGCGCGAGUAAUGUGAAACUUUUGGUCACGGCGGGCGGCGCUCGUGAUGGAAGCAGCUGUAUUGCGGUUGAAGCUGGCCGACUUAGUAGUCGGUGCUGCGAGUCUGCCACUCUUGCUUGAGCAGAGAGGAGGCGUUUUUUGAUGGAGGCGAGAAACACUUUUGUGUUUUGUGUUUCCGCCCCUCCCAUUUUUUUAUUGUAUAAACAUUACGCGAUGAACGAGAGCUUUUAUUUUUGAUACUUGUUGGAGAAACUUUUUUUUUUGUGUGUGUGUGUGUGUAUGCGCGUGUGUGGGUGUGUGUCCCAUGACAAGGUGGUGCCUUUUGCCACGACACACAUUUUUUUUUUUUUUCGGAUGCUCGAUGACCUGAUGUGAUGCGAGACAUUGCGUGUGGGACGGGAGAGAAAAAAAGAAACCAUGGAAGGCUAAACGUUUGUUAGAGAGAUAAACAAGCAAACAAACAAAAAAACAUUACCAAGUCAGUCAGAUAGUUCAAAGCUGAUCAUUUUGCAUGCACGCCUUGCAUUGCCAGGCAGCCUUUUCUUGCACAUCUGCUGUUCUUCCACGGAUGGGUUAUGCUCUGAAAUGAUCUGCGAUGAGAUGUUGUCGAGGCCUUUAUUGGCAUGUUUGCGUGUGCAACUUAUGAAAGACAAAAAAAGAAGCAAAAAAGUUCAAGACUUGUUAUCGGUUGGUUUUUGUGCCAAGUUUCUCCAAUAAGUUCAGUUGUUUCCCACCCCCUUCUCCUUUGCAAGCAGUUAUUACCGUUGAAGCUGGCGUCGCAACUGCAUUGCCGUUACACACUGGUAAAAUUUGUGAGGGGAGCCAAGAGCACUGGAAGAAAAAGAAAAGCUCUCGUUCCCUCUGCUUUGGAUGUUACCCAAGAAAGAAAAAAAAAUGUCAUGUUGAAUGACAUGGUGACAAUGCUUCAAUGUUCUUUUUUUAAUUUUUUUUGUAGCUGCAGUGAAGACGAGACACGCAGACCACUAAUCUUCGUUGGUAACACACAAAAACUGAAUUCAUAGGCUAAACACUACAGCUAAGAAACAUGUAAGUGGGAUGCUGCUUGCUUUCAGCGGCAGGCUCUAGAAAACCAUUUUUGAAGAAAGAGUCGUCACGUGUACUUUGACGAUAGCAGCUCAAGGCCUUCUGCCGGCUUUUGUGCGAGGGUGGGGGCUUUUAAAACAGUGUUGCGUUCGAAACGCCAUUCCCACGACGGAGCCGAAAGCCAUUCUUUUAUUAUUUUUUUUUUUGCGCCGACAUGCACCAGUUUCAUUCUUACGACGCCCCUCCCUCAGGAUUACAGGCUAAGGAAACUUUCUCUCAGGACUGUGCUCCCACUCUCUCUCUCUCUGCGAGGAUGGCUCCAGACGAUGCCCGUGUUAAACAUUUGUUCGUUUUGAAUCCACUGGUUAGGGAGCGCAGCUUCGCGCGAUCCUCUCCUUUUCGAAGGAGUCCUCGUAUGACUGCGCUCUUCUUUGACGACGGCUACCUCACUUGUACCGUGCAGGAAAGGGAGUUACUCUCCAAUCCAGGAACCUAGAGUUUUAUUAUUACCCUGACUGCGACUGCAAAAGAAGGCUGACAGUGACACACACAUAACAGACCACUACAGCGUGGAACAAACUGCUGCCUUGUGGUAGCAAUUUAACUCCGACUCUUUUGUCAGUUCCUCCCAUCAAGCGUCUCCGAACUGCGUCAUCUGCUCGAUAACUUGCUCCGACAGGGCAGCGAGUCAACCUGACGGAAAGCAACCACGUUGCUGGUUUUACUAUUCCAUUUGCUUCGCACUGCAUGUAUAUUUUUUUCUCAUUGCAGGGACUUGAGGAAGACCUUUCAUUUUCUUGCAAAGGGAUCAGUUUUGAUGGAUGUAUUAAGGGUGGCAACUCUGCUGUGAAGCAUUCUUCCAACUUGCAGGUAAUUUCAAGCUUAUGGCUUGAACAGGUCUGCUUCUUGGUCACCUUUCUUUGCACAUCCCGCAAAUGCAAGCAAGCUUUUCCAACUCCGGGGUCCCGCUUUGCUCAAAGGGGUCUUGCACGAUAGUUCAAUUCUUGAGCAAGCAAUGGCAAGAGAACCGGUUUGGCAAAGAUGACUAGAACAUUUGCUACCAAGCAGAAAAAAAAAAAUGCGGACCUUGGCAAAUGAUCGACUUCAGAACUUGCAAAUGACGGAUUUGAGAACCAGUUGAAUGACCCGAUUUCCGAACAUGACACUUCUUGUUUGGCUACCCGUUUUCAGCUUUCUGCCAUGCGACCUUGGUGUUCGCUGGUUUAGGAAAGUUUCGUUAAUGCAUUACUUUGUGUAGACGGCAUACUCGUUGCACAUUUUUUCCUGCCUUUGUAGAUGUUUGCUCCAUGUGUUACUACUAGAUGGCAGUGCUGUUUAAAACAUGGAUCUCUGAGAUAGGCUUUCUCUUCUUAUCUUGUGUAUGAGCAAAUGAAAAGCAGUUGCCUGCAGUGUUUUACGGUUUUCCUCUUGGUGGUGUCCGUUCACCAGCACACCUUAUCUUCUAAUUUUGACCCCUAGAAUUUGUUAACUGGCUGCUGCUGCUGCCUUGCACGGCUUGAUGCUCUGGCACAGUACAUCCUUUGCUUAUCACGAUCUAGAUUUCUCCUCUUUGUGCUUUGACAUUUUGGUUUUUAGGGUAGAGUUUGAUCCUGUAGUUGUUAAACCUUUUGCUUAAGUUUUUGUUCUCCCAGUGCUGCUUGGGUUUUGGCUGAGAUGCAGCUCAUUGCGCAGACUGUAGUGCUCUUUACUGAUGUCCCUGGGCUUUAUUAACUUUUUUUUGUGUGUCUACCUCUGCAUUCGUUUUUCUAAUGGCAUUUUUUUUUUGGCUCGCAUCUACAGUUUGCUGCUGCUUGCUCAUUCAUUUACCCCGCAUUUGCGUUAGACUGGCCGGAACAGCAAUCAGCUGAUUGGUGUCCGACGCCUGGGCUGUAAUGUUGCGCAACCUUUUUUUUUUUUUUUUAUACUUUCUUCGUUUCCUGGCAGCUGCCAGCAGAAGACUGUUUUACUUUGAACUCUUUUGGUUACCACAAAAGGAGGAAACCAGGAGUUUUAUUUUCUAUGUGUUUCAGUACCUAACCAGUCUGUUUGUCAGUGGGAUUUUUGGUAUGCAGGGCAUUGUAACAAUAACAUUGCACAUAAAAGUAGGCUUCUAAUCUAGUGCUUGCUGGUAUUUCUUAAAUCUUGCACUGCAAUGGUGUUCUCAUUAGCUUUGCUAACUUUGUCAAAUUGUGGAGAGUUUCAUAGUGUAAUUACUGCUAUGUAUAAUUUCCCAGCAGUGGCAGCAGACUGCUUCCCCUCAGUGCUUGGUUUGCUAGGCCUAACCCCGAGAGUUAGUAGCAUCCAUAGUUUUUGCUGUAACGCUGUUCGUUUUUGUGUCCAUUGUGCGCUCUUCGGGCAUUUCACCGUGAUUUAAUUUGUGUAGCAAGAAGCCCUCGUAAUUGCUCCAUCUUUAUUUGUCUUUUUCGCCACUAUAUUGUAAUUGUUUUUGAGACUUGCUACUAAAUUGUAUAUUGUAUUAGAGUGCAGCGUAAUUUCUCAAUUGUCCUCGCGCCAGAUGAUGUCCUUGCUUUCACAGCUAUUGUGCACCAAGGUGUGUCCACGGUGUCACCCUUUUGCUUUGGUGUUGGAGACCAUUGGGAUGAUGUAGCCCCCAGAGAAAAUUAACGUGCUCAUUGCUGGCAUAACAGGCUUGCAUGCGUGUGCUAGUUUUCUUAGGUUUCUCUGUGUAGUUUGACCCCUUGGUCACCGCGUUAUGCUACCUGCAACCCUUGUUCAGUGUAUUAUACUGGUAACAUGUUAACCGACGUGGUAAUUGGAACCACCGUGCGACUGAGCCUUCUACCGCCACCAGAGCAUGAACACAUCUAAUGCAAGACGACCACCGCUACCAACAAACUGAAAUACAGUGUUGCCAUUGUCAAGAUUGACAUGUGGGGCUGCACCUGUGGCCGGCUGCUUGGCGUUUGAUGAAAAUUGCCGACUGUCCUCUUUCAUGUAAACCUCAGUCUUAUUUAGCCUUUAUAACUAUUUCUUGGUUUGUUUCCUCAGUGUGCGCUUUAAGCAUGGCAGUAGAAAAGUUUGUAUCUGUUGGCAUAAUUACAGGAUUGGCUUAUGUUUCUGUGCAACCAUUUAUUUCCCCUCUCUCGAAGUGAAUUUGUAUGAGAGUCUGGAUGCAAUACAGGUCUUUUUUUUU